UUUUCAUGAUCAACGCGUUUUGUUAGUUCUCGCGUUUAGUCCAUCACAAAUAUGAGCUCAGGCUUUUUAACAGUCUGGCAACUCAGCGCCACAUCUCAUGUCUAUCGCGUUGUUUGUUUACAAUGGUGCGCAUUAAAAAUCGUUAUAUAGCCGUGCAAAUUGUACCAUAUGCGCCAGUUAAGAGCCUGCGCCUCAACGACCAUACGCUGACCAAAUGCCUGCUGCAAAAUAUAGAGAAAUACUACGGCGUGUACGGGCUGGGGGUCUUGGAGCACGGUUUCCGUGUGAAAUACUGCAAUGAGCGCACUAAAAUUGCAAUUAUACGCUGCCUACAUCGCGGACAGCGAUAUGUGUCAAGCAUAUUGCCGCUGAUAACGUUGAUAGGCGACGUGCGCGCCAAAUUCCGCACUCUUUACACGGGUGCCACAAUCAUACAAUGCAAUAAGUUUAUAAUUAAACAUCAGCGACAGUUCUUGGACCGCAUGAUGGGCCAAGUGGCAUCGGCCAAGGAGCGUCAGGAUUUGUUUAAGCGCGUCAUGGAGCUCGACAUGGACAGAUAACAUGGACAAGUUAAUAGCAAAAUGAUUUAUGUAUACUUUAGCAUAGUGCAUAGUUAUCUUAUAGAAUAUUGUUGUUCCAAUUCGACUAAAAAGUUAAA